UGAUGUACCUGUCAGACAAGCCCAACUACCCCCUGAUCCAGACCCUGCUGGACUCUCUGCACCAGGACCUGAGGCUGCUGCUGGACCCACCUGACGGCAGCAAGGAGCACCCUGCCACCACCUGCCUGGAGCUGUGGCUCUGCCACCCUGAUUACACUAGUGGGAUGUAUUACAUUGAUCCUAACCAGGGCAGCCCUGCUGAUGCUCUCCUGGCCUACUGCAACUUCUCUGGCACAGCCGCACACACCUGCCUUCACCCCAGAGACGCCCAGAUGCCCACGAAGGCCUGGCUUAUGGAUUCAGAGACAGACAGCUCAUUCCAAUGGCUCAGCAAGCAGGAACAAGGAUUUCAGUUCUAUUAUCCAGGGGCCAAUGUGGUCCAGAUGCGUUUCCUGAGGUUGCAGAGUUGGAGAGCCUUGCAGAAGAUCACCUACAUCUGCCACCCGGGACACAGACUGGGCCACACAGACAGAGAGGUCAAGUUCCUGACAGACACAAGGAGACAGAGUUACUUAGGAGCUCUUAACGACUGCAUUCCGGGAGAAGAGGUGGACUCGCUGGAGCCGCGGGAGUCUGUGUUUGAAUUUGAGGACCUCAACCUGCUUCCUGUGAGAGAUGUGGCUGUGUUCGGGGGCGGAAAUGUCACACGCGAGUUUGGCUUCACCAUCGGGCCCGUGUGUUUCAGCUAGAGAGGGAGACCUGGGGCCUAUAGGCUCAUUUCCCACCCCCUUGGACUCACCGAGGGAGGAUAAGAGACUGUGUUCAGGACCCUAAGACAGCUAGAGAACAAGAAGACAAAGGGAAUCAAUCCCUCUGGCAUUUUGUGAUCACUCCUCUUUCCAUUUGAUAUUUUUGGUGGAGAUCAAUCAAUUCUCUAAUUGACUGUCUCCACAUAAAUUUCUCUUUGAGCAUGCAUCAAUUUCCAAAGUUCUUUCGGACAAUUGUGUUUUCGUUUACAGAGACGUUUAUUAUGUAAUGAAUAUAUAAUAUAAUGUUUUGAUUUCUAUAUAAAAUGGUUAUUUUGAAUCUUUUUCCAUUAUUUUUCACAGCAACAGUUUAUUAUGCUGUAAAGCUUUCCAUAAUAGCCAACAACCUAUUUUGUAUAUGAACAGUCCUAUGCCCUAAUGGUCUGUUUUGUAUCCGAUGCAGUGGAUUCAACCUCUCAACAAUGUGUUCCAUUUGGACACAGCUCACGUUGUCCUAUAGGUCAUCCCUGACCUUCCCAAAGGUGCUCACUGACAAACCACUGCUUGUACUUCAGGAGCCAAGGAACUCGCUUUUGCGUUGUUGAACUUGUUUCUUUAGAUUAGAUAAUGACCAACCUGUUCUAAAACCCGGAUCUCUUGCAAUUAACUGAUUCCCUCCCUGUUAGGAGUGAUGGAAGCAACAAAAAAUAAUAUUUCAGCCAUCCUUGACAUUUGUACAGUUACUGGCCUAUUUUUUAUUUGUAAAAAAACAUUCUUGUGGUACAGUCUCAGGUGCAGUCUUGAUAUUCAACAUGGCACUGAAGCUGCUGUGCACACUACGUGAUGUAUAUUACGUGCAUUCAAAACAUAACUCAAUUGAAGUGCUAUAGAUCUAUUUCAGGUGUUCUAAUAAAGAGGCAUUAUGUUGGACUGCUGGCUCUCCCGCCCAAGCACUUUAGCACUGAGCAAUUGCUUUCCAAGUCAUCAUUUCAUUCAAUCAAUUAGCCUAAGUGAAGAAGCAGCAUACCCUGUCCCUGCAGCUGCUCAGCAAUGCCAGGAUUGCUCAAGAGGUGGGGGUUCAUUAUUGGCCUGUGUUCACAAAGUGUUUCAGACUAUGAGUGCUGAUCUCAGAUCAGUUUUGCCUUUUAAUCAUAAUUAUAUGGACCAGGAGACCUGAUCCUAGAUCAGCACUCCUACUCAGACUCUUUGUGAUAUGGGCCAUUGAGAGCAGUGCAUUUAAAAAAAAAUCCAUCAUAUUUUACAUCAUAAAGCAAUUCACUGUUGUAGUCGUCUGUCUCUACAGAUGUAGGAUCUUAAUUUGAACACUCUUUUGUUGCUGAAAAUUUGCAAACCUAUAGUGUAUUAAUGUCCAUUAAUUAUAAUCCACAUAACAAUUCACAUUUCAUGUUGCUGCAGGAUUAUUUUCCUCCUGUAGCUAACUUGCUCAAAUUAAGAUCCUACAUAUGUACACUAUAUAGACAAAAGUAUGUGGACACCCCUUAAAAUGAGUGGAUUUCAACCACACCUGUUGCUGAUAGGUUUGGCGGAUGCCAGGAAAACGCUACCUGCCCCAAUGCAUAUUGCCAACUGUAAAGUUUGGUGGAGGAAAAAUAAUUGCCUGGGUCUGAUUGUUAUGGUUUGGGCUAGGCCCCUUGUUCCAGUGAAGGGAAAUCUUAACGCUACAGCAUACAAUGACAUUCUAGACGAUUCUGUGCUUCCAACUUUGUGGCAACAGUUUUGGAGAGGCACUUUUCUGUUUCAGCAUGACAAUGCCCCCGUGCGCAAUGCGAGGUCCAUACAGAAAUGGUUUGUCGAGAUUGGUGUGGAAGAACUUGACUGGCCUGCACAUAGCCCUGACCUAAACCCCAUCGAACACAUUUGGGAUGAAUUAGAACGCCAACUGUGAGCCAGGCCUAAUCGCCUAACAUCAGUACCCGACCUCACUAAUGUUAUUGUGGCUGAAUGGAAGCACGUCCCCGCAGCAAUGUUCCAACAUCUAGUGUAAAGGCUGUUAGCAGCAAAGGGGGGACCAACACCACAUUAAUGCUCAUGAUGUUGGAAUGAGAUGUUCGACGAACAGGUGUCCAUAUACUUUUGGUCAUGUAGUGUAUGUGUAAUGGCCAACCAACGAACAGGGAAUUCAGGAAGGUCUCAGGGAACAUACAGUAUCUUUGCAUGCAGUAGCUUGCAUUAAGGACUAUGUAUAAUGUUCUGUCUAAUAAGUACUCAACUUCCAAUCAGUAGCCACCUCCCAUACCAAACUCCAGGAAGAACAUUCCAAGCAUGGCAGAUAGAAAUGUUUCAUAGAAGGGUGGACAUCACUAUGUGGAGUACAAGAAGACAACAGUGUCCUUUCUAGUAUACUGUAGGGCUUAUUCUUUAUCAGCUAAAUAUUCUAUUUUUCACUGUACACACUUGGAUCACUGAUAGGUAAUGACAUUUCUUAGGCUCCUACAGCUGUUGGUAUUUUUGUAAACAAUGUAUAGGGGUUCAUCCAACCCUAAACACAUGCAAUUAGUAGCCUAACAUCAACAUUGAACAUGAUUGCCUUAGCUGGCUGAGACUGAUCAUUGGUGCUUUUUAGUUCUUGUUUUGUACAAAUCCUCAUCAUUUGAGAUUUUGUUAUUACUGUCUUGAAAUGAUAUGCUGGACAUUUUUAUACCUGUGUAUAAUGCAGCAGCUCAUUCAAAGAAAUGUAU